AUGUUUCAACGAGAACAUUCCGUAAAUCAUCUUCAUCAGGCUUGUGAUGAAAAUUUGAAAGAGGACUCUUCUCAUUCAGAAUCUGAUCGAGAAGGAGGAAGAGGAGACUCAUCCAUGACAAAUAAUAAUUUAUCUCGUACUGAUGGAAGUUCGAAUGGUGGCCACUCACCGACGACGACAACAAACUUUCGAAUUGACUAUGCAAAUUGUAAUCCAAAAAUUAAGUUCGCUCAACAAUCGGGAGUGUGUGCCCAUUCGAUCGAUGCUGUGUUGUUAGCAAGUUUUGUACCGUUGGAGAAGAAGAGUGUCAUUGUCAAGAAACAGAACGCACCAUUGAAAAUUAUGGACCUAUGUACCGGAAAUGCAGUCAUUCCACUUUUAUUAUAUUACCGAUUGAAAUAUUUGGCUAUGGAAAGAGAGGAAAUUAAACAACAGAAAAGGAAUAGGUAUUUGAAUUCGAUCAAGCAACAAAUGAAAGAUAAUAUUAUUAUGGAACCUUCUUUGAAUCAUAAUUGUGAAAAUGCAACAGCAAUCAAACUUCAUGAACAUUUAAAUUCAAAUGGUGAGACACAACAAGGAGCAUCCAAAAAGUUCCAUGAAACAUGUUCAUUCUUUCAUGAGAGUGUUGAUGAACGAUUUUCAAAAAUAGAAAUUCCUUGCAUGAUUAAGGGCGUAGAAAUUCAGGAUGACAUCAUUCCAUUGGCACAAAAAACAUUAGAGCUCAAUGAGGGUUCUAGUAAGGUCAUUGAAAUUAUUCAUGACGAUUUAACAUGCGAGGGUUUUGUCACUCAGGCCGGACAAGGAAAAUUCGAUAUUGUCACCUGUAAUCCUCCAUAUUUCAGGCCUGAAGAAGGCGCCAUUAAUCGUUCAAGUCACAUCUCAAUUGCUAAAUUUGAAAUCAAGUGCAACUUGAAAGAUGUCGUUUCAUGUGCUGCCCAGCUACUCAAAAAUUAUGGACUAUUCGUCAUGGUUCAUCGUGCAUGCAGAUUGUCAGACAUUCUCGUCACAUUGCGAGAGUAUCGAUUGGAAGUGAGAAGAAUUCAAUUUGUCUUCUCGAAGAGUGAACGAAAAGGAAGCACGACGAUGGAGAAGGAUCAACAUGCCGACGGAGGAGAGGACUUGUCACAACAACACACCACUCACUCUCACCACUCAACAUCUUCAAGUCAAACAAAGAAGAAGAAGAAGAAAUUCAAUACUAAUCAGCCCCAACAACAACAAGUCAAUGCAACCACUGCUGUUCUUAUUGAGGCUGUCAAAGUUCAGACCGAUUCAUCAUCGAGUAAUCACAAUAAUAGUGGCAUGGGAGAUGGGAAUAUUCACAGUUUUUUACAUGUUAUGGAACCACUCUAUUUAAAAGAAGCAGAUUCUAGAAAUGACUACGCAAAGGAAAUUUGGAAUGAGGUAUUCUCAAAGUUUAUGUACGAAGGUCAUCAUCAUCCUCGAGAGUAA